AUUUUCACACAGUCAGCGUUCAAAUGAGGCUGAAAUUGAGGUUCUUCAUUUUCGUCUGCCUGGUCAUGGCAAAUAACGAGGGAAAGGAUACAUCUGACGGCGAGCAGAAUGGAGAAGACGUGGAGGUCGAAGGGGAAAGUAGUUCUGAUAACGAGCAGACUGAAGAUCAGAGUGGAAACCCCGCAAAGAUUACAUACGAUGAUGUGGCCGAAAGAGAUUUCGGUAGAAACCAAGUAACAAUUGCCGACGAUGCGCAGACUGGUGAAGAUGAAGAUGAAAACAAAGAGCGGAUUCGGGCCUUCUUUAACGAUGAAGGUGAUGAAGAUUCAGAAACGUCACCGGAAGAUGAUAUGAGUAAGAGCAAGAACGAAACGGGUUCAGGAAUAUCAGCCUUUACGCCGGACGAAGAAAAGCGCUGCCUCUUCGUUGUAGAUCUUCUGAACUUUGACGCUUCAAACUACACAAAAGAAAUAGAUUUCAUUGCCAAGAUCGUCAAGAAUACCCUUGACAAUGAAGUGUUGGGAGAAAUCUGGGCGUAUGGUUAUACCAAUGCUUCUGAACCGAAGGAACAACUGAAGAGUAUGAAAGGAAACAGGACAGAGCUGAUAAACUAUUUUGAGAACACCAUGAGCUAUGCAAAUAUCACGCCAAUUUACACCAACGAA